GAAGAGGAAGAAAAAGAAAAAACCUACUACCUUUCGCCUUAUCUUUCCGCGUGUGAGUGCGUGUGGUGCGUGUGUGCGGCACAGUUCCUGCCAUCUGAUCCUGGUCUUGGAUGUUUAAUAAAGAAAUCAAGUGUCUCAACAGUCACCCCCCCAAAAACAAAACCAAAAAACAGACCAAAAAAAAAAAAAAGGACCAACAACAUCAUCAGCAACCAACAACCCGACAUUGUCAACACGAGACAGGUUUUUUUGUUUUGUUUUGUUUUGUUGGGGCUUCCCCUCCCCCGGUUUUUUUCCCCUUAAGCCCUUAGUGGAGGGGGGACGCUCAGUGUGAGAGAGACAGAGACAGAGGGGGAGAGACAGAGACAGACGAGACAAGCGAGCACCCCCCGAGCUGCUUCUCGGGUCUGGGGACAGAAGUGAGAUUGGAGAAAGUAGAGCGAUGCCGAGGAGGAAACAGCAGGCACCGAAGCGGGCGGCAGGUUAUGUGCAAGAGGAAGAAUUGAAGGAGGAGGAAGAAAUCAAAGAGGAAGAGGAAGAUGAUGAGGACAGCAAUUCUGUAGUUCAACUUCAGGGCAGCAAUGACCCGGGCACAGAUGAAGAACUAGAAACAGGCACAGACCAGAAAAGUAGCUUUAGCUACCAGAACUCCCCAGUAAGUCAUUUAUCUAAUCAGGAUGCCGAAAAUGAAUCCCUUUUAAGUGAUGCCAGUGACCAGGUGGCAGACAUUAAAAGUGGAUGUUGUCGAGAUGCCCAGGACAAGAAAGCUACUGCCCAUCCCAAACUUCAGAAUGAAACACACAACUGCAUGGAUAAGAUGACCGCCGUCUAUGCCAACAUCCUGUCUGAUUCCUAUUGGACAGGCCUUGGUCUUGGCCUCAAGUUGUCAAGCAGUGAGCGGAGAGGUUGUGAUACACGAAAUGGAGGUAACAAAAGUGACUUUGAUUGGCAUCAAGAUGCUUUAUCCAAAAGCUUACAGCAGAAUUUGCCUUCCAGGCCUGUCUCCAAACCCAAUCUUUUCAGCUCUGUGCAGUUGUAUCGACAGAGUAGUAAGAUGUGUGGGACUGUGUUCACAGGGGCAAGCAGGUUUCGGUGCCGGCAGUGUAGUGCUGCCUAUGAUACCUUGGUAGAGUUAACCGUGCACAUGAAUGAAACCGGUCACUACCAAGAUGAUAACCGCAAAAAGGACAAGCACAGACCUACCAGCUAUUCAAAGCCCCGGAAAAGGGCUUUUCAGGACAUGGACAAGGAAGAUGCACAAAAAGUUCUCAAAUGUAUGUUCUGUGGUGACUCCUUUGAUUCCCUGCAAGAUUUGAGUGUUCACAUGAUAAAAACAAAACAUUACCAAAAAGUGCCUUUGAAGGAGCCAGUACCAACCAUUUCUUCGAAAAUGGUCAACCCAGCAAAGAAACGCGUUUUCGACGUCAACCGGCCCUGCUCCCCAGAUUCUACCACUGGAUCAUUUGCAGAAACAUUUUCCUCUCAAAAGAAUGCCAACCUGCAGCUGUCCUCAAACAACCGCUAUGGCUACCAAAAUGGGGCCAGCUACACCUGGCAGUUUGAGGCCUGCAAAUCUCAGAUCCUGAAAUGCAUGGAAUGUGGGAGCUCUCAUGAUACCUUACAGCAGCUCACUACUCACAUGAUGGUCACAGGUCACUUUUUGAAAGUCACCAGCUCCGCUUCCAAAAAAGGAAAGCAGCUGGUGCUAGAUCCACUGGCAGUGGAGAAAAUGCAGUCGUUGUCAGAGGCCCCGGGAAAUGACACUCCGUCUGCUAAGCCGUCUACCAAUGCAACUUCAGAAUGUGCAGUACCUCCUCCAAUAGAGCUAAAGAAAGAGAGCAAAAAAGAAAAACUGGAGGAGACUAGCAAAGACGAGAAAGUGGUAAAAGGUGAAGAAUAUGAAGAUACUCUUCAAAAACCACUGGAUCCUACAAUAAAAUACCAGUACCUUAGGGAAGAAGACUUGGAAGAUGGCUCCAAGGGUGGAGGAGACAUUUUAAAGUCAUUAGAAAAUACAGUUACCACAGCUAUCAACAAAGCCCAAAAUGGGGCUCCCAGUUGGAGUGCAUAUCCUAGUAUCCAUGCAGCCUACCAGCUGUCAGAGGGCACAAAGUCUUCUUUGCCUAUGGGCUCCCAGGUACUCCAGAUUCGACCAACCAUCACCAAUAAGUUAAGGCCAAUAGCUCCAAAGUGGAAGGUAAUGCCCCUUGUUUCUGUCCCCACAAACUUAGCCCAGUGCACUCAAGUGAAGAACGAAUCAGAGGAUAAGGAUGAAGCACAGAAGGAGUACCCAAAAGACAGCCCCACCACCGAUGCAUCCUCCUUGAGCCACAGUGAGGGUGAGUCUCUCCCCAAAAGUGAGACUCCUUCAGACUCCAGAAAGACUGAUCCCCUUCCCCUAAAAGAGGAGGACAAAGUGAAAGAGAACAGCAUUAGAGAGAAAUCCCAACCUAUGGAAUCCACAUCUUCUCUUAGCAAUGGCUGUACCACCACCAGCCAUGCUCCAGCACUACCUUGUAUUAAUCCACUCAGUGCCCUACAGUCUGUGUUGAAUAAUCACCUGGGCAAGGCAACUGAACCUCUGCGUUCUCCAUCCAAUUCCAGUCCCAGCUCAAGCACAAUUUCUAUGUUUCAUAAACCGAAUCUCAACAUCCUUGAGAAACCUGUUUUGUCUCCGGCCCCAUCCAGGCCGGCAAGUGUGUCUAGGCGCUACAUGUUUGAAAACAAUGAUCAGCCCAUCGAUCUGACCAAAUCUAAAAGCAAGAAGGCAGAGUCAGCACAAGCACAAUCUUGUACUUCCCCACCGCAGAAGCAUGCUCUGUCUGACAUUGCCGACAUGGUCAAAGUUCUUCCCAAAGCUACCACGCCAAAACCCACCACCACCUCUUCUAGGGUCCCUUCCAUGAAGCUGGAGAUGGAGGUCAGGCGCUUUGAAGAUGUUUCUACAGAAGUCUCCACUUUGCAUAAAAGAAAGGGCAGGCAGUCCAACUGGAAUCCACAACAUCUUCUAAUCCUACAGGCUCAGUUUGCCUCAAGCCUCUUUCAAACAUCAGAAGGGAAAUAUCUCUUAUCAGAUUUGGGUCCCCAAGAACGUAUGCAGAUUUCCAAGUUUACUGGACUAUCUAUGACCACCAUUAGCCACUGGCUGGCAAACGUCAAAUAUCAGCUUAGGAAAACUGGAGGGACAAAAUUUUUGAAAAAUAUGGACAAAGGACAUCCCAUCUUCUAUUGUAGUGACUGUGCAUCUCAGUUUAGAACCCCUUCUACCUACAUCAGCCACUUAGAGUCCCACCUAGGCUUCCAAAUGAAGGAUAUGAACCGACUGGCCAUGGAACAGCAAACCAAGGUUGAGCAAGAGAUCUCCAGGGUAUCGGUUCAAAGGUCACCGGAAACUAUAGCUGCGGAAGAGGACACGGACUCUAAAUUCAAGUGUAAGUUGUGUUGUCGGACCUUUGCAAGCAAACAUGCAGUAAAACUUCACCUAAGCAAAACGCACAGCAAGUCACCUGAACACCACUCACAGUUUGUAGCAGAUGUGGAUGAAGAAUAGCUCUGAAGGUAUGCGUUUGCUUCCAAGGUGAAUUGUAAGGUCGGGAUUGUAAGGAGCCUUGUAAAGAAGAUGUAUUUGCUUAGAUGCAGCCAACAUUCCCAAAGGUUCAAAGAGCAUGCCAGUUUGCUGGAUUAGGACUUAUUUCUUAAGAGAGCAAAGCAUAAUAGAUGGGUUACAGCCAAUUCUCCAUUAUCCCUGUCAGAGGGGAGGUGGGGGCAGGGAGGGGAACCAAAUAAACUUAGAUACACAAAAUUUACAGAUUAUCCUCAAACCUCAUUUUAGCCAAUAGUUUCAACCUCUUCUCCUACCAGCCUUUUUUUUCCCCUAGAGCUGCUUUCAAGGGGACAUGUUGGCAUUUCUCCAUCCAACCCUCUGCUAGAAGUUCUAACAAGUGCUUGAAAUAGCCAAAAGAUGGGCAGCAGGAGGGAGAUGGAGGAGAAACUAGGGGCAGACACAAGAUACAGACUGGUUAAUCAGCUCCUGAAUAACCAGAGGCUGACUUUUUCAUUGUUACUUGUAUUUAAACACUUUUUAUUGUUGUUGUUCUACUUUUAACAGUAGUUAUACUGCCCACUUUUGGGGGUGGGGUGGGGGAGCAGGCAGGCCUUUUCUUACCUUUAAGAAGAGGUGUUUGCAUCUGCAACAUAAGCGGGUUAUAAGGUUCUUUUGUGCUGAAAAGAGAGGAGGCCUAUUUUCCUCUAUCACUCUUCAUAUUUCUAUGGAAUUAUCUCAUUGUUCCCCCGUAUCAAAGGUAGCAUCAAUGCAUGCACAUGGAAUUUUACUCUCAAUAAAUAGUUUAAUGACUUUCAGCCCACCCAUUGCCAAUGUGCUCAAGGGUGACCAGCUUCAAUCCUAACCCUGUCUUCCUUUGUUCCUAAAUGUACCAUAUAUGUUCAGUGCUUCACAUUGUCAUCAGACCCCAGACCACCUACUCCACCUCAUAGGACAAAGGUUACAUUUGGAUGCAUAGCCGAUCCAUUCAUUUUCGCCAUCUUUGUAAUGCUCUCUAGGAAGUGACUCAUCCUAGGUCACUCAGAUUCGACCAUUGGACCAUGGUUAUAAACAGGGCCUUGCCUUGGGAAAAAUUAUGCAGUAAUUCUAGAAGGUAGCCCACCUCUCUUUAAAUGCUCUUGGUUUAAGUUCCCGGAGCUCCUCUGGAGACUGUUAGCUAACUAGUCUUCCCCAUUCUACCACAUCACCUGGUCCUGCCCUCAUGGGAUGCUGACCUCUGCACCCUCAUUAAAAUUCACUCAUCUUACUUCCAACUCCUUUUAGAUCAGAUAGAUUUCCUAGUCCUGAUGGAUUCUCUAAUCCAGUAAAUGAUUAUACCGGUUUGAAGAAAGAAAAUAUAUUGGCAUAUAUGAAAAAUAAAUAAAACCAAUCUUAACCCAAACUCAGGUUUUAUUUAGGUCAGAUUUGGGGACAAAGUGAGGCCUGGAUUCAAAGCAACAUAACAGUUCAUAAUAAAAUGUUACUGGCUUAUUAUGGUGUUACCCCUCCCAGAGAGCAUUUACAUUUUAAAUAGGCCUUCAGCACCUUAGCCAUAAUAUGAAAACAUAAUAUGAAAUUUCAGAUAUCAUGACCAAACCAAUGAGGGAGAUAUUUUGCCAGGGUAGGGGACCUUUUGUAACCAGUCACAUUCCACAAUACAGUAGCAUCAUCUGCUACUUAUAAAGUUAACCCUGUUUAUAACUAUGGCACAUGGCAGUGGCCAAAAUGAACAGACUGACUGUUAUGAAGAUGCGUCACUCAGGACUCUGCACAC